ACAAGGAAACAACAAAGGACAAUGAGUCACCAAAACAAAGUACAAUAAUUACAUGAUAUUUUUUCCCACUUGCAUACAAGUUGUCCAACCCUAAAUUAGGAAAGAUUCCUUCUUAUGGACAUAUAUGGGCCACGUAAAUGCAGUGGUUGUCAUUGGAUUAAAAGUGUAGUGCAGAUUGCCAUAACGGUAAUGUUACUGAAGCAACGAUAACGCACUAUUCACAGCAAAAAGACAGCACAACAUUGUGACAUGUCAAGUUGGAUUUGAAAUUCAAAUCCCUCUCUCAUACGCUCCUCCAAGGUUAUAUUUGCCUAUAAAUACAAUGGAGCUACAUGAAGAGAAGAUUAAGAGUUUGCAAAAAGAAUCAAAUCAUAUACUUAGUUGAAGCAAAAAUCAACAAGUAAUAAACUCUUCAAAAGCAAAGCAAAGCAUCAAAGAUAUAUCAUAAAUUUGUGAAAAACAAAUAGACAAAGCUUGCUAUUAUCAAUCUCUCACUUGAGUUGAUUUAACCCAUAUUCCCCACAAAUAUUGUAACCCUCUCAAGUCUUUCUUUCAUGUUAGAUUGAGUGUUUGUGAGAAAGUCUUUUCGAGUGAAGAAAAGCAUUUUGAGUGAAAGUCUUUUCGAGUGAAGAAAAGCAUUUGUGUGAAAGUCUUUUCGAGUGAAGAAAAGCAUUUGUGUAAAAGUCUUUUCGAGUGAAGAAAAGCAGUUUGUAUUGAUCCAGUUGUGAUCAAGUUUUUGAUGCGAAGCAGAAGGUUCUGAUCUGAGCAUUUAUAGUGGACAAUCUCACAAGGACUGUGAGGACUGGACUAGCCCAAGUUGGGUGAACCAGGAUAACUUUUGUGUGUUUUUCUCUUGGACUCUAAAAUCCUUAAAACAUACUAAACUAACUAACUGAGUAAUACCAGAGUGCUCUGGGCCUUAAACAUUUACUUAUUCAGCAACUAACUCAGUAUUUAUUUUGUUCAUUUAUAUAUUGUUUAUUUUAUUGUUGCUAACUAUAUUUCUUUGUUAAUUGUUAACUAACCAAUUAAAAGAAAUAUUGUCUUGAGUUAUUUUAAACUCACAUAAAAGAUUUUUAAAAAGGGUCACAAUUCAAACCCCCCCUUUCUUGUGACAUUUAUUGCUACUUCAAUUGGCAUCAGAGCCUGUCUCUACAGGUUUAUACACUUAACAAGUGUUAGAGGAAAAAGAUUCAGGAAGAAAAAUGUCAAAAGAAAGAUACAUUCCAGAAGGAGGAUCUGCUUCAAGACCACCUUUGUUCACUGGAAAAAAUUACUAUUUUUGGAAAAACAAAAUGCAAUUGUUUUUAAAAUCUCAAGAAGUAGGAAUGUGGCGCAUAGUCACAGAAGGAGAUUAUGUUCCUACUGUAACUUCUGCUGAGGGAGUCAUUUCAGAUAAACCUGAAGAUGCAUGGACAACUGCAGAACAACAAAAGGUACUCCUAAACUCUAAAGCUCAUUUAUUUCUAUCCUGUGCUCUAAGCAUGGAAGAAAGUGAAAGAGUAGAUGAAUGUGAUACUGCUAAAAAGGUUUGGGACACUUUACAAGUUCACCAUGAAGGAACUAGUCAUGUAAAAGAAACAAGAAUAGACAUAGGAACUAAUAAAUUUGAAACUUUUGAAAUGAUUGAAAACGAAACUAUUGAUGAAAUGUUUUCAAGAUUUACUACUAUCAUAAAUGAAUUAAGAUCUCUUGGAAAAACUUUUUCAACUAAUGAUAGAAUUAGAAAACUUUUGAGAUGUCUUCCAGUCACUUGGAGACCAAUGGUUACUGCCAUUACUCAAACUAAAGAUUUGAAAACACUUCCCAUAGAAGAUCUUAUUGGUACUUUAAAAGCUCAUGAAGUUAUUCUUCAAGGAGAUAAACCUUUGAAAAAGGAAAAAACCAUUGCUUUAAAAGCUUCUCAAAAAGAUAUAAGUUUUUUAGAAGAUGACUCUAAGGAAUUAGAAUCUACCCAAGAAGAGGCAGAAGGAGAACUAGCUCUCAUUUCUGGCAAAAUCCAACGUAUGUUAAGAAGAAGAGAUCAAAUAAGAAGAAACUUUUCUUCAGGAAAAGAUAUGCAGAAAAAUGACUUUGACAAAAGUCAAGUGACCUGCUUUGGUUGCAACAAACUUGGACAUUACAAAUCAGAAUGUCCCUUAAACAAAUCACCCAGAAAUUUUCCCUUCAAGAAAAAAUCUAUGUUAGCUACCUGGGAUGAUGAUGAUGAAUUUGAAACAAAUAAAGAAGAAGAAGAAGCCAACAUCUGUCUAAUGGCAGAUUCAGAAAAUGAUGAGGUAUUUCUCUUUGAUAAAACUCAUCCUUAUGAAGAAUUAGAAACUAAUUUUGAUAGUUUAUUACAUGAUUCUGAAUUCUUAUCCAAACAAUGUUUUUUGUUACAAAAAGAAGUUUCUGAACUAAAAGAAGAAAAGAAAAAACUUCAAAUUGACAUUCUUAAUUUUGAGAAAAUUAACAAAGACUUAAUUGAGUCAAAAGAAAAACAUGUUUGCUCUAGUGUUUUAUCUAAGAAAAUAGAUGAAAAUGUUGUGUUGAAAAAUGAAAUAAAAGAACUGAGAAAUGAUCUCACUGGGUUUAUAAAAUCAACUGAAACUUUUCAAAACAUUAUGGGAUCACAAUCUCAAGCUCUUAACAAAAAUGGCUUAGGUUUUAAUGAAGUUAAAAACAAAAUUUUUGAAAAUGUUCUUUUACCAGCAAAUAGAGAGUUUAAGUUGAGAUGUUCAUUUUGUAACAAAAAUGGUCAUCAUGAAUCAAUUUGCUAUCAAAAAGAAAGUUAUGAAAGUUUUUACCAUGAACCAAAACGUUAUCGUCACUUGGAAAGAAAAAAUAAACAUUGUUCAUUUUGCAAAAACUUUGGGCAUCUUGAAAAAGAAUGCUAUUUUAAAAAUAAACAAAUUGUGAAAACUAACCCUCAAGGACCCAAGUCAUUAUGGGCACCUAAACGAAAAUUUCAAAAUGCAGGGAUACUAUCAAAGUGCAAAGAAAAAGCCAUGGUUUUUGGACAGUGGCUGUUCAAAACACAUGACAGGAGAUAA